UCUCCAGUCUGGGGGACGUGAGGGUCCCUCAGUGAUGGAUGCGUGGCGCUCCGCUGUGACGCGCAGUGGGCAGGUUUGGCGCACAUUGCGCCUGUGGAUGAGAUGAUCCGGUUCGCAGCUGAACCAUGAAGUCCCUCGGCGUGCCAUGCUGCCUGCGCUCCGUCCUCCAUGGGAUGCAGUAGAUGGAGAGCUGCGCUCAACUUCGGACACCUGAAGGCGCAGUCCAGGCUCCCCGUCUUCCUCACCAUGAUCCUCCUCUUCUCUUACCUCUGCUACUGCCUCAGCAGCCGCUGCGACGCGCUGCCCCGGCCGCUGAUCAGCAGCGGCGCUCCGGCGGGCGAGCGGCUCCUGGGCUCCGAGGUUCAGCUGCUACGGCACCGGCUGGCGGACCCCGCCGGCGGCCUGCGGUCUCCCGACAACAUCUCCAUAUCUAAUAACUUCGGCAGCAAGAAGUUCCCGCAGGCCAUCAUCAUCGGGGUAAAGAAGGGCGGAACCCGGGCGCUGCUGGAGUUCCUGCGGGUCCACCCGGACGUCAGAGCCGUGGGCGCUGAGCCGCACUUCUUCGACCGCUGCUACGACAAGGGGCUGGGCUGGUACAGGAGUUUAAUGCCUCGGACUCUGGAGGGCCAGAUCACCAUGGAAAAGACUCCAAGUUACUUCAUCACCAGAGAAGCUCCGCGGCGCGUCCACGCCAUGAGCCGCCACACCAAACUCAUCGUGGUGGUGCGAGACCCAGUGACCCGGGCCAUCUCUGACUACACCCAGACGCUGUCCAAAUCUCCUGGGCUUCCGCCGUUCCAGAACCUGGCCUUCCGCAAUGACAGCACGGCGCUCAUCGACACGUCCUGGAGCGCCGUACGCAUCGGCAUCUACGCCAAGCACCUGGAGAACUGGCUGCGCUACUUUCCUCUGUCGCGCUUCCUGUUUGUAAGUGGGGAGCGGCUGGUGACGGACCCGGCGGGGGAGAUGGGCAGAGUCCAGGACUUUCUGGGCCUCAAACGCGUGGUGACGGACAAACACUUCUACUUCAACCAGACCAAAGGUUUUCCCUGCUUGAAGAAGCCUGAGGGCAGCAGCCGGCCACGCUGCCUGGGCAAGUCGAAGGGUAGACCGCAUCCUCAGAUACCGCCUGAGGCUCUGCUCAGGCUCAGAGACUUCUACAGACCCUUUAACCUCAAGUUCUACCAAAUGACCGGCCAAGACUUUGGCUGGAGCUGAACGGCGCCACCAACGUCCGCCAUCUGUCAAUGCCAGCCUGGCUGUGAAGCUUUUCCAAAGAGACUUUUAGGUCCUCAAGGUCCUUGCAGAAGUUAUCCUUAUUGAUUCCAC